CCUUAUUAUUUCACCCUUUAUUCCUUGUUAUAUAACAAGUUGCUCAAUGACUACCCCAACGUUCCUUCUUCUUCCUCCCUUUUCAGAGCCUGCAGAUUUCCCCACGCCUUCUCUGAGUAGCCGUCGACGCUCGCCUUCAUGCCGCGAAAGCUAGGAGAAGUCAUGUGGCCUAGAUUGAUAGCAAGUAAAAUCUUGAGGAAGACACUAGGUAGCAAUAAUUUUGUAGCGGACUUUCCAAGCGGCUUGGAGGAUUAUUCAGUUGAACUCCCUAGUCUGGAUCUCGAAUCGGCAAAUAAUUCCAACUCCAUCUUCACCGAUUAUAACAAGGAGACCAACAACUACAAGGUAUUCACUAGUACGUGGAAUGUCGGCGGAGUAUCACCAACAGAUGACUUGAAUAUGGAGGAUUUGCUACAUACACCCAAUACUACUCCUUGUGACAUCUAUGUUUUCGGAUUUCAAGAAGUUGUUCCUCUCAGAGCUGCAAAUAUCCUUGGAUCCGAGAAGAGUAAAAUUUGCAUGAAAUGGAAUUCAUUGAUCAGGAAGUCCCUAAACAAAAGCACUCGCACCAGCAAUGGCAAUAACUCAAUCCAGAGCAGUGGUAGACAAGACUUCCGGUGUCUCAUCAGUAAACAAAUGGUUGGAAUAUUAAUAUCCGUCUGGGUUCGUGCGGAUCUUCAUUCCUUUGUGAGAAACCCUAACGUUUCAUGUGUAGGUUGUGGCAUCAUGGGAUGUCUAGGAAAUAAGGGUGCAAUAUCAGUAAGGUUCAGAUUACACGAAACGAGCUUCUGCUUUGUGUGCAGUCAUCUGGCUUCAGGGGGAAGGCAAGGAGAUGAGAAAAUUAGAAACUCCAAUGUUGCUGAAAUAUUUUCACGUACAAGUUUUCCUAAAGGCACCGCGCUUGAUUUGCCAAGGAAGAUCACAGACCAUGACCGGGUAAUCUUGCUGGGAGACUUGAAUUACCGAAUCUCAUUGCCGGAACAUAAAAUCAGAGCACUGGUAGAUAAAGAAGAAUGGAAUAUGUUACUUGAAAAUGACCAGCUAAAGCAAGAGAUAAGAGAAGGUCAGGCAUUUGAAGGCUGGCAUGAAGGAACAAUCAACUUUGCUCCGACUUACAAGUACAAUCCUAAUUCUGAUACUUAUUAUGGUAGUGAUCAUGGCAAAAAAGGCGAAAAGAAACGCGCUCCUGCAUGGUGCGACCGGAUAAUAUGGUUCGGGGAGGGGCUAAAACAGCAUUCUUACAGUAGAACUGAAUCAAAGCUAUCAGAUCACAGGCCAGUGAAGGCUGUUUUCACCAGCCGCGUCAAGGUUCUGCAGAGUGUGAAAGGCUUUCGAAGUUUCUUCUUAUCAGAAAGAUUUGACAUGAUUCCAAAUCGAUUAAGGAUGCCACUGAAUCACGAAUUCUAGCUAGUAUCGCGUGUGCCUGGCGAAUAAUCAAGCGUCCAAGUUGUACUAAAGAAAUUGGUGAUAGGUGUGUAAAUGUGAUGUUUUGAUAAUUAUGAUUAUAGUAUGGUGUGACAUUUGUAUUAGUUUAGUUGAGGAUAAACAGAGCCGCGAGAGAAGGUUCGAUACUGUAUUAAACUAUAUAUGAUUAUGAGCAGUGUACAGUAAAGUUGAUUA